AUGCCGAACCAUGCUAGCCACGGACCGAAUGACGGCCCGACUACGACUGCUACUACCACCCCUGACGGCGAUGGCGCUGUGAGAGGCGAUGAUGAGUUUGAUGAUGCGGGAGGCGAUGUCAUAGAGCUUCCUGUCGGUGACGAUCAGUGGAACGACUCCUCUUGGAGUCGCUGGGGAGAUCGUGAGUCUCAGUCGUGGGGAAGCGACCGAGCGCAAUACGGUCAGCGAUGGGACACUGAUGCUAACAUCGGCUGGGGGCGGCGCACUAGCUGGGAUGCGACGACUGCUACGACCGGUGCAGCCGCCGACCGCUGGAGCAACUCCAGCGAGGACCCUUGGUCACACGGUCGUGACCCUUGGACAGGAGCGCGAGACGAUGAUUGGCAAGCACGCGACCACGGAUGGCCGGGAGCUCAAGGAGAUACCUGGGCGGAUGGUCGAGCUGGCCGUUUUCAAGGGAGCGAUUAUGUUGACCGAGGAUCCGGAGCAUGGGGCGAGGGGCGAGUCUUUGAGGAAAAAGGACUCGCUUGGAACGGUUGGUCCCACUACGACAAUGGCGGCUUCCAAGGUCAGCGGGGUGAUCCUGGAGGCUACUCAGGUGGAGGAAGAGCUUCGGAGAAGUUGGCGAUUCCUACCUUUACCGGCGAGGAUACUGAAGAUGUUGGUGGGUCUGCAAGGAGUUAUCUUCGCCAAAUCGAGGCGUGGAGGCGCAUGACACUUCCCCCUGCCUCCCAGCAGGGACUCGUCCUCUACCAGAACCUGGGCGGCAAAGCGUGGAUUGCUGCCGAAGAACUUUCGGUCCCUCGCUUGCGAUCAAGCGAUGGGGUGAGCUACUUCGUCGCGUGGAUCAACGCGAGGUUCCUCGACCUGGAGGUGGCCCGCAUCGGCAAGGCGUUCUCGGACUUCUUUCGGCGCCUAAAGAGAAGAGCGGGGCAAUCUAUCAGGGAGUAUAACACCGAAUAUGACCGCCUACAUGCUAGACUACGAGAGGUUGGCUGCAGCAUCCCCCAAGAAUGUGCAGCUUGGUUGUACAUAGACCGUUUGCAGCUUGAAGAAGCUCAGGAGCUCAACUUGCUGGCGAGCGUCGGGAACGAGUACAACCUACAUCGUCUACAGCAGGCGGCGGUGCUACAUGACCGAGGGCACCGGAAACCCUGGGAGAACGGCAGGGCACGCAAGCCCCAUACCGCCCACUUCACUGCGGGCGGCGAUGGCGAUUCUGGUGAUGAGGACUUCGGCCAGGCCGAGGACAUCGAGCUCGAAGACGGGGUCCCUGAGGACGUUGCGGUGGCCUACGCGACCCACCAGAGCGCCAAGGAGAAGUACAAGGAGCAGACCAAAGCGAGGGGCUACCAAGGCGACCGAGGGCCGCCUGCCGCGAAGGAUGGAAACAACCGCAAGAGCGAGCUCAGUCGCGACGAGAAGGUGAAGUUGAUGAAGGCCAGGUCGUUUUGCGGGAGCUGCGGGAAGAAGGGCCAUUGGCACCGGGAUCCGGUGUGCCCCAACUAUGCUACAUCGGCGCAGGGCGCCGCCAAGACUGCGCCGAAGGAGGUCGAGAUGUGCCACCAUGUUCCCGCCGAGGUUUUCUCUUUGAAGCACGACGGCGCCGCGCUCUUGGGCAUCACUGACACAGCGUGUGCUAAGGCCGUGGCCGGGACCAUGUGGCUCCAGCAGUAUAGCGACGCCUUGAAGCUCAUUGGCCAGAGUCCCGAGUUGAUUCGAGAGUCCGAAGCCUUCAGAUUUGGGACUGGAAAGGUGCACCACUCUUCGUUCCAUGUGCUCAUUCGUUUUCGCCUUGGGAACAGGACCGUUGAGAUGAAGACCUCCAUCAUCAACGGCGACGUUCCUCUUUUGAUGUCGAAGCCAGCCUUAGCACAGUUGGGGAUGGUGUACGAUGUUGCUGAGAACCGGGCCGACUUCACAAAGGUGGGCCUCCGGAACUUUGAUUUGGUGACCACCUCUUCGGGUCACCCUGCUAUCCCGAUUAUCCCGGCGAAGCCGGAGCAUGGAGCCGAGAAGCUCGUUGUCGGAGAGACUUGCACCUCGGGCAGCUCGCAAUACAUGGCUUUUGCAUUGUCGCGGGUAGAUGCUGUCAGGUUCUCCCCGAACGAGUUCACAAUGUCGGACCCCGAGGAAACCCCAACUGAACCCAAGGCCAUAACCAAGAGUACUACUUCAACGACUUCGACUACUACGGUUACCAAGGCCCCUCCAUACAGGAUUUUCUACGAUAAGAAACUCAGCCCCGAAGUCAAGGAGCUCCUCACACAUGAUCAACUCUGCAGUGUGUCCUUUAUGACAUGGUGGGAGAAGACCAAGAUCAAUUCGGACUUCUGGUUUGAAGGGGAGCACAAUUGGUUUCGUAUACAUGUUGUGCCUCGAAGAGCCUUGUGUAAUCCCUCAACAUGGAAAACCCAGUAUACCGUGCAGAAGGGCAUGCUCCUGCAGGCUUCUGUUGUAGAUCAGGAAAGCCGCUUGAGACCGCAGUCGAUCAGUGGAAGUGCAAUCGUGAUGAAAGUUCUUUUCCGCUGCUCUGGGUUGGCAGAACUUCUUUCGCGAAAGUGCGAUCUAGCUCGACGCCCCUUCCCUCGUCGCCUUCGUUCGGAAAUGGCAUGCAGCAAGCCGCCGGCGAUUUCGAAGAUGACCAAAGCCGAGCUUCUCAGCGAGUGCAACCGGGUGGGCUUGGUGGUCCAUCGCAAUUGGACUUGCGAAGAAAUCAAGGCGACGAUCAUGGAGCACCGCAUGAACGACCCGAACCAACAGCAGGCCACGGUGAUGAAGUCGAUCACCAGCCUCACGCUGCCGGAGCUCAAGGAGAAAGCCGACCAACUGGGAGUCUUGUACCCCAGUCAGGUGACGAAAGGCAACCUCAUGCGGCUCAUCAGGGACCACACGAAGACGCCCGGCACGGAGCUCAUGAAGAUCGGCAAGUUCAAGGGCUACGAGUACCAGGAGGUGCCGAGGUCCUACGGCAUGUGGGCAGCGCGCGAGAUCCGAAUGAGUCCGAACCCACAUGUGGAACUUGUUCGCUUCGCCCAGUGGUGGGAGGCAAAGGAGUACGAGACCCACUACGGCGACCGGGGCACGAUCGAGGAGAACGCGACGGUACCGUACCCUUUGGACACCAGCAGCGACGUGGUGACCGAGGGCCGCCCACAUGUGGAGAACCGCGACCCGACGAUCCCGGCGAGCAGAGAUCUACCAUACGACCCGAGGACCACGAAGCGCGGGAACACCCAUGGCGACUCUCCGGACAUGGAGGCCGAAGCAGACCCCGCGACCCUCGAGGAGAUCCGUGCCCUGGAGACCAGAUUGGCUGUGCUGAAGCAGAAAGCGAAGGCGAGCUCCGCACCGCCCAAGGUCGGCGACAACAGCUACAUGGAGGAGAAUGCCAAGGGCACGACCGACCUGAUCGUCUACUACCUGAUGGGAGAGGGCACGUUUUUCGACCUCGGCGAGAUCGUGACGAUCUUCGUGAAGGUCGACAGGGGCAAUAUGAGCACGGUGGCGACCAUUUUGGCGGAGUUCGAGCGCGGCAUUGUCAAUAACACGGUGAACUUUGCCUGCCAGACCGCAGCCAAGCAGGACCGCGACGAGUUCACGGCGGCCCUCCUCAACAAGGACUUCGACUUCAACACCCUCGGCAAGCUCUUGGACACCCUCGACUACGACCCCGUUAAGGCGACAAGAGACGGCGUCUUUGGUGGAAAGACCGGCGACAAAGUCAACUACUUCACCUACGGGAUGUUCACUCAUGGUGGUGUUGUUGGAACUACGACCAAGACCCGGGAGCACGACAACGUCGCCCGCUACUUGAACGGUUUCGCCCGGCACUACCUCGGUGACAAGGCCACCUGGACUUCAGUGAGUUUGUCGCGUAACACCGGGACCGAGGUGCACCACGACUUCAACAACCUCAAGGGCACGGCGAACUUCACCGCCUCGCUUGGACAAACAAAAGGGGGCGGUUUGUGGAUCGAAGACAAGUCCGUGACCGAGAGCGACACCUACGGCGUCAAAUGGAGGAGGACCGGAACCGGACAAUGGCUGCCCGGGAGAAUUCACGACACCAAGAACAAGUUUGUUGAGUUUGAUCCCUUCCUCAAGCACGGCACGGAGGCAUGGAAUGGGAACAGAUGGGCCGUCACCUACCACACCACCCGCAACCUCUACAAGGCCGGCGACGAGAUGAAGAAGUUCCUGCGAAGAUGCGGGUUUCCGUUGCCCAAAGGGACCGGCCGUCCUACUGGGGAGGUCAAGCUCGGCAACAAGCCGAAGGCGAGCGUGCGGAGGAGUAUCUUCAACAAUGCUGCCCGGAUCAGCGUGAUGAUGGCGACCCUCAUAUCUGCCGCCGGGAACUACCUUGCUGAGCACGUCCAUCCACAGGUCCAGCGUAACCCGGUCGUACUCUUCGAAAUCGGCGACACGGAGAGUACCCAACAAGCAGCCGAGCUUGGCAAGGACGUUUUUGAGCCGAUGACAUGGGAGCGCUACCGUUCUCCCGAAGGAAAGACCGACGCCUUCCACAUCGUGAACGGCGGCACUCCAAGGGAGCUACGACUUCACCUGGAUGGGAAGUCUUCUGAAUGCGACGAAGCCCUCCUCGAGCUGAUGAAGCAACAGGUGAACGAUGGAGGGACCGUGGUGCUCAGCGGCGGGGCUGGCGACACCCUCUUCGAGCACAUCAACAAAGACCCUAGCUUGCGAGAUUGCAAGCAACAUGGCAACGAGGAUGGGGUCAAGGUCUUCAUGGUCUUCUUUAAGGGCAAGGAGACCACUCAACGUGUCGAAGGUCCCGGGCGAGUUCACGAAGUGAAAGUGGUCUCGUCCGAAGAACCGGGACAAGACAACGAAGCCCUGGCUAUGGGAGCGACGGGAAUAUCCUUUGGCAAAGACACACCGAGACCGGUGGCCACAGCUCUCCGUCGUCUUCACCAGAACCUGGGUCAUCCCCGACAAGAGGAUCUCAUCCGCCACCUACGCCUGGCGGGCUGUGACCAGUCCAUCCUGAAGGCAGCUCGGUCAAUGCGGUGCCAGGUCUGUGAAGCCAACACGGCCCCGAAGAUAGCACGGCCGAGCACCAUACCACCCAUGGCCGACUUCAACGACACGCUGGGCCUCGACCUGUUCUUCUGCCACGACACGGAUGACGUCAAGCACGCGUUCCUCUCCGUGGUCGAUUACGGCACCACCUACCAUACCGUGGUAAAGCUCGACGGCCAGUCCGGCGAGGACAUCGAGGCGAAGUUCAAUGAGAUGUGGCUCGUUCCGUUCGGGCCCCCGAAAGCCGUGGUCAUCGAUCUGGAGGGCGGCCUAGAAUCGGCCCUAGGGCGUGUGUGCGACUGGCACGGAAUCGGAGUUCGGAGCGUAGCGACCCAAAGCCACUGGCAAGCCGGAGUUGUUGAACGGCAACAGGCCUGGUGGAAGCACAUCUGGCAGAAAAUCAGCUACCAGCUUUCCAUCGGCGAAGACGAAGUGAAUGUGGCGGUUGGAAAGGCCCCGAGGGUCCCCGAAGACCUCCAGGACCCUGAUGGUGGUGCACAUGUUAUGUGGGACAUCAGCGAGGAUGCCAAGUACCAGAGGCAGUCGGCCAUGAGAGCAGCCGCCCGCGUUGCUUUCCACGAAAGCCAGACCGACGGCCGAUUGCGCAAGGCACUCCUACAAAGGACCCGUGUCGCGGCCCGUCCUCUUGAUGUCGGUGAGAGCGUGCACUUCUGGCACAAGCCAAAGAACAGGCGGCAGGGAUGCUGGAGUGGCCCUGCAGUCAUCGUCGGCAAGGAAGGUGGCAACUACUGGAUAUCUAAAGGCGGGCGGUGCCGGCUUACAUCAGCGGAACACCUUCGUCCUACUACAGGAGAAGAAGUGGGAGCUUUGCUGGCGAUGAAGGGGACUCAGAAAGAAGCAGAAAUGCUUCUUAACCACGACCCCGACGGCGACGAGGCGUUCGAGGAGGACUUGGAGGAGCUCAUGCGCGACAUCGACGAGGAAAUGAGCUGGGCCGGUGACGAAGUUGAUCAACCUGCUGACGACCUGGAGAUAGAAGAGGACCUGGAGCUGGAACCCCUACGUGAACAAGACGCCACGCCAGCCCCAAAACGAAGGUUGAAGAGGAAAACUACCGCGGCCGAGCUCAACCCGGACCGCCACGAGGCAAUGAUGCUCAAGACCCACUUAACUACUCGUGGCCUCGAGAAGCGCAAGGAGAAGGAGCUCAAGUGGUCGGAGAUUCCGGCCGAGGUCCACGAGAAGUUUCGUGAAGCGGAAGCGACCCAGUGGAAUGAGCAUCUGUCAUUCGACGCUCUACAACCAUUGUCGGUCGCUGAAAGCGACCGAGUCCGGUGGGAAGUCCCAGCCGAGCGAAUACUGAGGAGCAGGUGGGCCUACAAGGACAAAAACUGGGCCCGCAGACGUGAAGGCGAAGAUGUACCCUGGAAGUGUAAAUCCCGGCUUGUGAUUGCCGGGCACACCGACCCAGACCUCACCGACGAGAACCUCAGGCUGAGCACGGACGCCCCUACAUUGUCCAGGAGCGGACUUGCCUGUAUGCUCCAGAGAACUGCAGACGGUCUCCUGGAAGAAGACCCCUGGACAUUGGCUGCAGGCGACAUAAGAUGCGCGUUCCUCACCGGAAGCUAUCUCUCCCGGGAGCUCUACAUGCAUCAGCCGAAGACCGGGUUUCCCGGAUUGCUUCCGGGACAGUUGGUGAGAAUCAAGAAGAAUGUCUUCGGCCUGGCCACCAGUCCCCAUACAUGGUGGCAGGAUCUACAGAGUGGGAUCAACGAGGUCGAGAUUAAGAUUCCCGAGGACACCGACGUCUACCGCUUCGAGCCCUCCGCCAUGGACCCGUGUGUCUUUGCUUUGCGUAAAUGGGACGGAGAAAAGUUCUACGGCACCCCUGUUGCCUACUUGGGAUGUCACGUGGACGACCUGCUGAUCGCCGGGCCAAGGAAGCUCCAGCACAUCAUCCAGCAGGCCCUCGCCGGAAAGUUCGAGAUACAGACCUGGGAGGAGAAGUACGCGGAGACCCGCCUCUUUACCAUCGAGGUCCCCGCCGGCAUCGACGACAGCGAGGCCCCCACCUAUGGAGACAUUAAGUUCACCAACGCCAUCGCGACGAAGGCCUACCAGUACCGCGAGCGAGGACUUGAGUUCAAGCCGAUCCCAAAAGGGAACCUGAUGAUCCUCGUCUUCCAUGAUGCGGCUUGGGCGAACGUCCCGGAGGCAGACCCCGAGGAGGACUACUACGUGCUCACUCAGCAGGAGAACAUCGACGGCCUCCAGACCGAGGGGCCGUAUGCGAAUGGCUGCAUAAGGAAGGCCAAGAAAGGCAACUCCAAGGUCGCUUCACAACUCGGGAUCCUGGUGAUGUUUGCCGACAGGGCAGCCCUCGCCGGACAGGCUGGGAACGCCAAUGUGGCGGACUGGAAGUCUCGAGCGGGACAAAGGGUUUGCAGGAGCACUUUCGGCGCAGAGACCCAAGCGUGCGCUGAAGGACUCGAGACGGGCCCAUAUGUGAGGUCUAUGUACGAGACCUUGCUAAAGGGGGUCAUGACGGCCGUGGACGCUGCUGAGCUGCCCAUCCUUUGCCUGAGCGACUGCAGGUCGUUAUACGACCAUUUGAACAAGCAGGGCAUCCCGAGGGUGCCUAGCGAUAAAAGGCUAGCUGUGGACCUAGCCGCUCUGCGACAGGGGCUACGCUCCGAAAAGUGGAACGACAGUUUGCCAAUCGCUUGGAUACCGGGAGCGCUCCAAAAGGGAGACGUCCUCACCAAGCCCCAGAACCCAUCUGAUUGGUGGGACAGCAUUUCAGCAAAGCUUCUUUUGCCUCUCGCCAUAGGGCAAGAGGGGGUUCUGAUCAGCAACAGGACGGUGAGACAGAGAAUUAGUGCGAAACUUGAUGGUACCGUUAUGCUUGAUGGCAUCUUUCCUCAUGAAUACUUUAUCGUAUGA